GGAACAUGCAAGUGCUCCCUAGAUGCAGUACACGGGGGAUUUAUCAGACCAAAGGAUUAGUGAAGCAGCUGCCCAUAGUUCUGUUGUUUUCAAUGGGAUUCUGCUGCAUCUUGCACGUGCACACAGGCAAUAUGUCCUCAGCUCCCCUGCUAUGCUGGUUAGUGAAGACAUGGCAAAAGUCUGUAUAAACAUAGUGGGAAGCACUGAAGCCUUAGAUGUCUCCGUCUCCUUAGAACACAAUGGGAAGAACAUCAGCAUCAUUGCACAAGAUGUUGAGCCCCCUAAGUAUUUCCAGUGCAGUGAUAUUAAGGUUCCAUCGGUCAGUAAAGCCGUGCCUGUGGCGAUCAUCUUUACAGCAACUGGACCGAAUACAGACCUAAGGGAGCGCAAAGCGGUGGUGAUCAACACCGCCUCAGAUAACUGUAUGUUUCAGAUGGAUAAACCCAUAUACAAGCCUGGUCAGAAAGUAUCUUCCCGUUUGAUCUGUCUAAACUCUCAGCUCAAGCCAGUGACUAAGAAGCUCACAUCAAUGUACCUGCAGGAUCCGUCAAGAACAAAGAUUGCUCAGUGGCUUAAUCCGGAGUCAAACCAUGGUGUGGUUUCUGUGGACUUCCAGCUGAUUAGCGAUGCUCCUCCUGGCAGCUAUGUGCUAUCAGCAGAAGGAGAAUUCCAAUAUCCUAUCAGCCAGUAUUUUACAGUGGAACAAUAUGUGUUGCCCCGAUUUAAAGUUAAUCUGGAUUAUCCACGAACUGUAUCAGUGCUUGAAGAGUCUAUAAAUGUCAAUAUUUCCGCAAUCUAUACCUAUGGUGAGCCUAUGUCCGGCUCUGUCACCGCUCGGUAUUGCAAACAGCCACAGUACUAUGGAAGACGACAAAACUGCUUCAAUGAGAAAAGUGGCUUCUGUGCCAAUAUGACAGGAGAGCUUGGUCCAGAUGGUACGUACAGUGGUGUCAUUGACCUGUACUCUUCAUUUAUGAGGUCAGUAAGAGGAGGAUCCUUCACCAUGGACGUCACUGUGACUGAAACCGGAACAGGAAUUCAAGUCACAGAGACUGGCUACAUGUACAUUACCAGCCAACCAGCUAGACUCAGUUUUGACUAUGAUUAUUCAGAACAGUAUUAUAAGAGGGGUCUGAAGUACGUUGUUGCGGCAAAACUAACCGAUGAGAAAGAUCAACCAAUUCCAAACCAAGAGCUCGAGGUACAGGUUGAUGAUGGAGAGCCCGAGAAGGCAAUCACUGAUUCUGAGGGCAGGAUUGAACACAGAAUAGACACCAUGAAUAUGAUCAAGCCAAAUUUUACCCUCCGGGUCAGUUAUAAAAACCCCGAUCAGUGUUAUUUUUCUGAAUGGUCAGAACAAGACUACCCCAUGGCUGAAAAAACAGUUUACCGCUUUUACUCCUAUUCUGGUAGCUUCCUGCAAAUAAAAAAACCUAAAGGAGAACUGAGUUGCGGACAGAGCCACAGUAUUGAGGUGUCAUACAUCAUAAGCCCAGAAGGAAUUGGAGCUGGAGUGAACAAGGCCACUUUCUAUUAUUUGGUAUUGUCAAGGUCGGAGAUUGUUCAGAGUGGUCAGAAGGAUGUUGACUUAAGCAGCACUAUGAAUGAUUCCUUCUCUUUUGAUCUUGCGGUGUCUUCUGACUUGGCCCCCAAUGCUGACAUGAUUGUAUACAGCAUUCUGGAGAAAGAAAUGAUAACUGAUACGGUCGAUCUCAACAUCGAAAAGUGUUUCAAAAAUCAGGUUUCUAUGACUUUCUCAGAAGAGAAAGUAACUCCAGGCUCCUCAGUUGACGUACAACUCUCUGCAUCCCCAAAUUCCCAUUGUGCACUGCGGGUGAUCGAUUCCAGCCUCCUGAUUCUUAACCCUUAUGAACAGUUUUCAGCAGAUGGCGUUUACAGCUCCCUUCGGUACUAUUACUAUGGUUACAAUGUGGCUGGAUUUGAUGUCGAAGACCCAGCACCCCCCUGUGAGGACCCAGACAAGCUGGUAUUCUACAAAGGAAGAUACUAUUUACCUGUGAGCAGCAAAUCUGAAGGGGACUCCUAUAAUAAUAUCAAGUCGGUUGGGUUGGUUGUUGGGACAAGUGCCAGGCUAAGGAAACCUGAAGUCUGCCAGAACAAUCCACCUUCUCCACCAGUUGCGUUGGAAAGCUUAAAAUUAGGUGGUGGUGGUGGUGGCUUCGGAUCGCCUUUAGCCGAUCGUUCAUCUGCAGCUGCUGCACCAGUUGAAACUGUUAGAACAAACUUUGCUGAAACUUUCUUAUGGGUGAUGAUACCUCUUGACACUGAAGGCCAUGCCACUCUAUCGGAGGAUAUUCCUGACACCAUUACAAGCUGGCAAGGAAUGUCUUUCUGUAUCUCUGAAGAAACCGGUUUUGGUAUGACCAGAAAUCCCGCCAAUAUUACAACAUUCCAACCAUUCUUCAUUGAGCUCUCCACACCGUAUUCCUGUAUUCGAGGAGAAACCUUGGUCCUCAUAGGCGUCGUACACAACUACUUGGAGCAGUGCGUCAAGGUCAGUGUAACUAUGGAAAACUCCAAUGCGUAUACUGCUGUACUGAAGGAAGGCGAGCAGAAUGCUUGUGUGUGCGCCAAUGGUAAAGCCGCCUACACCUGGGAAGUACAAACCACCACCAUUGGUGAGAUCAGUUUUACAGUGUCCGCUCAGACGACUCACAUUGGCCAGUCUUGUGAUGGAGCAAAUGAUAAGUCCCAACCUCCCCGCAAGGACACUGUUGUGCAGACCAUGAUCGUGGAUCCUGAAGGAAUUUAUCAGGAACUGACUUCAAGCAAUCUUGUAUUUGUGCAAAACAACAACCUUCAGCUACCGGUCAGCAUAACUCUACCAGUGGCUGUGGUGCCUGACUCCGCCAAACCUUAUGUGACAGCUGUUGCUGACAUCUUUGCACUGCCGUUGCGAAGCCUCCAGAAUCUGCUUCAGAAACCCUAUGGAUGUGCAGAACAGAAUCUUGUUCGCGUGGCCCCCAUCCCAUAUGUCGUAGCAUAUCUGAACGUCACAGGACAACUCACAGAGGAAAUACUCCAGCAAGCAAAGAAUUACAUGUCCGAAGGAUAUUAUCGACAACUUUCUUUCACUUCUGGUGGAGCCUAUCGAGCCUUCGCCAACUCCAUAGAACCAGUUAACUCUUGGCUGACUGCCUACACCUUCAAGACGCUUGAAAAUAUCAAAAACUAUGUCUACGUUGAUGAGAACCGACAACAGCAAACAUUGAUAUGGCUGGAGAACUCCCAAAAACUGGAAAAUGGCUGCUUUAGUGCCCAAGGAAAUCUCUUCACAAUGCAGAACACAGACAGCGAUCUCCACUUUACAGCUUACCUUGCUAUUUCUCUUUUGGAAUCUGAAUACAGUUUGGGAGCAACUUUAUUGAAUGGAGCUAUGGAAUGUCUGAAAAAUGCAUCAAAGAGCGAGCAGAAAAUCGCUGACCAAGUCCUCAUGCUCUAUGCCUUCUCAUUGGCAAAUCUUCCAGAAUACCGAGAACCCUUGCUUCAGAGUCUGAUGAAAAAGGCCAUAACUGAAGGUGGCACCAUUCACUGGGAAAAUGAUGAGACACCCAAGAAUCCAAGACCGGUGCCAUUUUUCUUGCCUCCAAGCAGCUCAGCCAAUGUGGAGAUCACAUCCUAUAUGUUGCUUAGCAUGGCUGCUGUUCCCAAUGUAUCUAAGGAGGACCUUACCAAAAUGGCCCAGACGGGCAUGUGGCUUGCUCGCAAUCAAAACUCUAACGGUGGCUUCCGUUCCACACAGGAUACUGUUGUGGCCCUCCAGGCUAUGGCUGCUUUGGCUAAACUUCUAUACGUUCCUGAUUCUCAUCAAACCGUAGUGGUCAGAAGAGGCAAUGGAGAAGUAACCACAUUCAAUCUAAAUAAAGAUAACAGACUAGUGGUCCAAAGACAGCCUCUACCAGAUGCCAGUGGAGAAUACGUCAUUGAUGUCAGUGGGUCCGGCUGGUGCAUGAUACAGACUACUGUUGGGUAUAACAUCCCGGUGCCCAAAGAGAAUUCUGAUUUCUCAUUAUCAAUUUCCUCCUCAUCUGAGAACUGUCUUAAUGGAGUGGCUUAUACCUACACUGUUAACAUCGCUGUCAGCUAUGGAGGAUCCCGCAACGAGUCUGGCAUGGCAAUUAUAAAUGUGAGAUUGUUGACUGGUUACACUGCAGAAUACUCUUCUUUACGCAAGUUGAUGGAUGACAAAAUUAUUAGCAAAUAUGAAGAAACCCUGAAAGGAGAAGUCAUCUUAUAUCUAGAAACUGUCACAAGCGAACCUAUUAACUUGUCCUUCAGGGCUUUGGUGGGCCAGCGUGUCCUGAAUGUGAAGAGCAGUUCUGCUGUGGUGUAUAGCUAUUAUGAACCAGAGGAGAAUGGCUAUGGAUCCUAUCGCCAUCCGUGUGCUGAUAUAAAAGUUUGACUUUCCCGCCAAAGGAACUCCGACAACAAUUCCUAACCUCUAGCCCUGUGUGAUCAUUCAAGGAAGACUUGAGCUGAAGGAUGCUAGACCUUCUUGAGAAAAAAAAGUUUAUUAAAUAUUUCUAUUCAUAAA